UAUAUAAAAAAUAAAAAAAUUCAUCUUCAAUUGGGUACAUGACGUUGACAAACGAAAUUUCUAAGAAAAUGUGGGAGGGCAGACCUCACAUGACGUGGACCCGAAAAAGGAACAAACGUGGCAGUCCCUUGUGAUGCUCAUCUUGUACGGCCUUUGCGUAUGAUUGUGGUAAAAGAUGCACACCUCCACGUAGGCAAUUAUUAUUCACUAACGACAUGUAGUUGGGGUGCCCCACACAUUACGAUAUGACACAACCGACAAGUCGGCCUGAGUUCGUCACGGAUUCGAUCCCUUUGCGGCAGUAAGCGACGGCACACAUCACUUGAAUGUAUAAGAUGUGUGGACUACGUCGAGUAAUAAGAAAAAAACUCACAACGAAAAACUAGAUUCACGCAAAGAGGAAGACAAAAACUAUGGAUCCGGCGAAGAGGAAGAGUCAGACGAAAACUAUAGAUCCGACGAAUGGGAACAGUCCAGCGAAUAGGAAGAGUCCGGGUUGUAGAGGAAGACGAUGAGAGGCGAAGAGGAAGAUGCACUACAAGAAAUUGGGGUUCUUUCGAUGCAAAUCACGACGUCGGGAGAAAAAGCGUCAAAAAAAUGAAAGGAUCUUCCAACGCCCAGUGUAAGACGUCGGGAGAAAAUGCUAUUCCCGACGCCGUAAAAUAUACGUCGGGAACAACGUCGGGCAUUAUAUGUUUUCCCGACACCAUGCACCAUGCGUCGGGGUAGGCGUCGAAAAUUACGUGUUAUCCCGUCACGAUGUGUAUGAGUCAGGAAAGAUUCGUCGAAAAUUAGGUCACAUUAAUUAUGGCAGACAUGUAUUCUCGAUGCCACGCAUCAUGCGUCGGGGACGACGUUGAGAAUAAGGAGCAGUCCCGACAUUAUUGUUGUGCGUCGGAAACAACGUUGAGAAUAAGGAGCAGUCCCCACAUUAUUGUUGUGCGUCGGAAACAACGUUAGGAAUAAGGAGCAUUCCCGACGCCAUUAGUGGGAUCUCCCGACGUUUUUGGGUUGUGUCGAGAGAUCUCCUAUAAAUUUUAUUUUGGUUCUGUGAAACACAGAACUGAAACGACAAAGAAAAAUAAGAGAGAAGCGAAAGGAAGAAGGAUUCGUCGUCGUGUCCUUCGCCCGCCGUCGUUCUUUGCCGCCAUCUGCCGCCCUAUAUUGAGGGAAAGUUUAGAGUUGAAUUGAAAAUUUGAAGGGGAGGGGGGUGAAGUCGUCUACUCAACCACUUGCGACUCUGACUCCUAAGAGACGUGCGCAAUCUCGACUCUUAGAGUUGGAGCGCUACGUUGCAGUCAAUUGGCGCAUUUCGAUGACGAUCGCCCCUGAAGCGGAGAAGUCUAUUUCCCCACACGUCGUUCGCUUCAGCCAGGUGAUAGACGUGUGUGUACGAAAGACAUUUCUCAUCCGCUGCCUUAAGUGGACGGACAUUGACAGAGAAUACAUUGAAGUCGUCAAGGGCGAUCUCCAGCAAUGAAUAGGUUUGUUAAGCAUCAGAUGCUCAACACCUUUAAAGAGUUCCGAGUCAACUGUCACAGACACUUCAAAAAGUACAACGACCCCGAGGAGACUCGUUCCAACCCACCCAACAUAUUAGUGGAACAUGAUGAGGAUUGGCACUUCCUCUACGACCACUAUAUGAGUCGUGCAUUCCAGGAGCAAUCACAAACGAACAAGGUUGCUAAACAGAAACAACCUUACAAUCAUAGCAGCGGGUCAAAGUUGUUUCUACAACGACAGCACGAGCUCGCUGAGAAAAAAGAGGAGUCGAUUGACCGUGUGAAGUUGUUCCGAGAAACACACAUUCGAUUCGAGACGUUUGUGUCACAGGCCGCAAAGGAUAUGCAUUCUCAGCCUACCCCAGAGGAUAGUCAGCCACUCUCUGGGGAUGAGAUAUGCGAUCAGGUAUUGGGUAGACGACCAGGCUACUUAAAAGGCCUUGGUUGGGGACCCAAGCUGAAGGUCUGCAAGACGACGAGUGCAAGCAAUUCCACGAUGUCAUGUCCGCAGUCCACAGAAAAAGAGAUUGAAUUACAAGCUAAAAUUAAUGAAGCUUUGGAACGGAUUGAAGUGCAAGAUAGAAAUCACCAAGUGUUAGCUUCAGACGUGCAACAAAUGCGAAAGCUGAUACAAAACUUGACUCGGGCACAGACCCACGAUGUAGAAUGGCGCGUACGAGGCUCAUUAGGAGACGUAUGACUUUCCUUGCGCUUC